AUGGGGAAAAAAGACACCAGGAAGACUGCUUCGAGCUCAAAUCCGCAACCAACAUCGACGCCAGUUGCUGGUGAAAAACCGAAGAAACUCACAGCAAGGGAGCUUCUACUCAAGGCCUUUGAUGCAUUGCCAGUCUUGGACAAUCUACGUGCAAAAGCAAGCGGAAGCAAGGACGCGGAAAUGCUUGCAUACAUAGAAAGAUAUAUCACGACGCAGAAAGAAGCCGACAAGGCAAGUUCACCAUUUGGGUUUUCUUCUGUCAAGGGUCCUAUGUUAGAAGAACUGGGGAUCCGUCAAGCUGAAUUCAACUUCGAUUUGGAGACAUUGCAGACGAUCGCCAGCUCGCGUGGUAUAAGCGUAAGGUUCGAUGAGGACCUGCGCUAUCUGAAAAUGUCAGGUUUAUCGACGAAAGAACAACUAUCAUCAAUUAUGACAGUAAACUACCUCCUGGAAUCCAUGUACAAUGCUCCUCCGGGUUCCGAAGAUGUCGACGAGCCUCGAUACCCUAAAAUCUCGCCAGAGUUAGCGAUCCCCCCUGGUACUCAUGUAAACAAGGACAAUGGUAUGCAGUAUACUUUCCAUGGAGCUGCCGAUUACUUGGUUUUUUUGGUCGACAAAGACUGCAUCCUACAAGGUGUAGAUAUCGACACGCUGCUCAAGUUGAAACGCUACUCCAACGGAAGUCUUGUCAUCGUCGAAGUGAAAAAUCCCGCCAAUGUCUUCACCCCUGGGCAUAUCGCCGAGGCCGUUGCACAGGUAGCGACAGCGAGUCUACAUACCGGCCAGGACCACCGUUUCAUCAUGACUGACUCUCAAGAAUGGAGAUUUUGCAUUUACCGGCAAGAGGAGAAGAUAUACUACAUGUCUCACUCACUUAGCGUCCUUACCCACGGCAACAAGGCUAUUUUGACAGCUCUAGACGAAUGGGUGUGGGAUGCUAAUCUUGUAAACUCACCACAUCAGCUCUGGAAUUACCGAACAACAAGCAAAGAUCAAGUGCUAGGGACACGACUACAAAUAGGCGAGACUCGAGAGUGA